CAGGCCUAAACGCGCCUGAGUUUAAGCUGGACUUCGGAUUCAAACGGGAUUGUGCGGUCCUUACGCACGUGCGCCACGCGCGCCUAUACUGGGCGCAAGCCCCGUUUGAACGCGGCGGCAGUUACUUCUGAGUAGAUGCGUAGGAGAGCUCUGUACCGGAAGCCACGCCCAUUCAAGAGGAGUCGCAGAAUUCUGCCUGCGGAAUGUUUAGCACGUGGCUGUGGGCGGCGCCUAGCUAUUAACCUGGGUUCUUAGGGGGCGCUGCGUGGCUAAGUGGGCGCUGGCCCUGCUGGGGUGGCUUGGCUUGGCGAGAGGGCAGAGAUGUUGCGAAAGCUCACCUUGGACCAGAUCAGUGACUGGUUCACCAUCGGCAAGGCCGUCAGCGGAGUAGAGUUCUUGGGGGGCCAGCCCCAGGCUGGGGGACCGGCUCACAGCCCGGGAGGGUCUGCGAAAGAGCAGGCCCCUUCUGCCAAUGCAGCUCGACAGAGUGCUGGAGUUGAAUAUGUUGAAAGAUACAGACAACUGGAGUCCGAUGAACUCGAUGCAUCAGACAGCAGUUGGCCUCCCUGUGAACCAGCUCCACUCCAACCACCCCAGCGUGAAUCCAGUCCUGCAACUUGCAUGCCAGUCAGCAAUUACAAAUAUCCUGAUCUGCCUGUAUCAAGAUACAGAGAAGAGAUGAUCUCCUUGAUAGAAAGCAACUCUGUGCUAAUCGUGCGUGGAUCUACCGGCAGCGGCAAAAGCACUCAGCUUCCACAGUUUGUUUUGGACCACUGCGUGCAGCGCUCCACCUACUGCAACAUCGUAGUGACGCAGCCUAGGAAAAUUGGUGCCAGCAGUAUUGCGAGGUGGAUUAGUAAGCAGCGGGCGUGGCCCCUGGGGGAACUUGUGGGCUACCAGGUUGGUUUAGAAAAAGUUGCAUCCAAGGACACGAGGCUGAUUUAUAUGACGACUGGAGUUCUCCUUCAGAAAAUAGUGGGGUCCAAAAGCCUUUCGGAGUUCACCCACGUCUUCAUAGAUGAAGUGCACGAGCGUACUGAAGAGAUGGAUUUCUUACUGCUGGUGGUCCGUAAACUGUUGCGCACCAAUUCGCGAUUUGUGAAGGUAAUUCUGAUGUCUGCGACAAUCAACUGCCAAGAGUUUGCCGACUAUUUUGCUAUCCCAGUCCGCAACAGGCUGUAUCCGGCAUAUGUGUUUGAAGUAGAAGGCAAGCCUCACGCUAUUGAAGAGUAUUACCUCGACGACCUGAGGCCUAUUCUCAGUCAUAUCAGGAUUCCUAUACAAGUUACUGAGGACCCGGUCAUACCUGAAGAGAUGUACAGAGCUGCAGUUUCUCUGAUCCAGUGGUUUGACGAGUUGGAAAUGAAAGAGAGCAGAAACCCACAUGCAGAAAUCCAGAGUUUGGACUUCAUGACUGAGCGUGGCAGUGUGCUGGCAUUUUUACCUGGUUUGGCGGAAAUAAAUCGCAUGCAUGAGCUUCUCACGAUCAUGGCUCACAAGAGGUUGCAAGUAUAUCCGCUGCAUUCCAGCGUCACCUUAGAAGAACAGAAUAAUGUGUUCUUGGCUCCAGUUCCUGGUUACCGAAAGAUCAUUCUGUCUACAAACAUUGCAGAGAGCUCUGUAACAGUUCCAGAUGUCAAAUACGUCAUUGAUUUCUGUUUGACCAAAAAUCUUGUCUGUGAUGAAGAGACCAACUAUCAAAGCUUGAGGCUGUGCUGGGCUUCUAAAAGCAGCAGUAAUCAGAGGAGGGGUCGUGCUGGACGUGUUUCUAAAGGAUACUGCUACAGGCUCGUGUACAAGGACUUCUGGGAAAACUGUAUACCUGAGACCACCUUGCCUGAGAUGAUGCGGCGCCCACUGGAAAGUACCGUGCUGAAGGUGAAGCUGCUUGACAUGGGCGAACCGAGGGCCUUGCUAGCAACCGCUCUGUCUCCUCCCAGUAUAAGCGAUAUUGAGCGCACUGUUCUGCAUCUCAAGGAGAUAGGAGCACUUGCUGUCCAUUCAGAAGCAAAAAACCCUUACGAUGGUGAGCUGACCUUCCUAGGCAGGGUGUUGGCACAGCUACCUGUGAACCAGCACCUUGGCAAACUAAUGGUUCUUGGCCACGUUUUUGGGUGCCUGGAAGAAUGCAUUAUAAUAGCUGCUGCCCUCUCUUUGAACAACUUCUUUGUAAUACCUUUUAGGCAGCAUCUUGAUGGAUACAGGAAUAAACGGCAUUUUUCUGGGAAUAGCAAGAGUGACUGUAUUGCACUUCUGGAUGCCUUUAAGGAAUGGCAGGAAAGCAAGAAGAAAGGGAAACUGAGACACCCUAAGGAUGAGCUCGACUGGGGUCGUUCCAACUACAUUCACAUUAAGAGAAUUAGAGAGGUGGCUGAGUUGUAUGAGGAGCUGAAAAAGAGAAUGGGCGUGUUCAACAUGGAGGUCAACCCUCACCCCCCUGCUAUGGAUCAGGACCAUGUGUAUAAGCAGCGAUUCAUUUUGCAGGUUGUAAUGGCUGGGGCUUUUUAUCCGAAUUAUUUUACUUUGGCGGAACAUGAUGAAGAAAUCGCCGUUCGAGAGAUGUCGGGCAAAGAUCCCAAAACAACUAUAAUGUCUUUUCUCUCUCUCUCCCUCCCCUCUAGAGCAGUCUUAGUGGAGAAGGAGAGUGUGAACUCAGUGGUGGUGGUUGAUGCCCCUGAAGACUCGUUUCAACAGAUGCUGGUUGCUGCCUCUGUGACAGUAAAUGCAACAGGUUCCACAAUGUUGCUCAGGGAGACAUCUCUGAUGCCUCAUAUUCCAGGACUUCCAGCACUGCUGGCCAUGCUGUUUGCUCCUGUGAUAGAUCUCAGGGUUGAUGAAAGCAGGAACAGAUACAUUGGUGUCCUCUGUGGAUUGGGAUGGAACUACUCGCUGGGAGUCCCCAUCCUCUCCGACCACGACAUGGAGUUUAUGUUUGAUGUGAAAAUUGAUGCAGAUGACAUAACCCAGAUAAACAUUAUAAGGAUCGCCAUUAACAAGCUCGUCUCGGAUGGUCCAAACGGCCUGAUGCAUUUUGGUCAGGAGAGAAUUGCCCAGUUGCAGGAUGCCACUCGCCAGAAGCUUUUAGGCCUGAUUUGUAAAUCGAAACCUCGUGAAGUUGUUCCUCCCAAAUUCUAUCCGAAGCCAUAUGAAUGGAGUCAGCCACAGUCAAACAUUGUCAUUGACCAGUCUGAACCACAAGAUGCACGAGCGAGGACUGAUUCCUUGUACCAGCUGCAUAAGUUGAUUUUGUUAAAUGCCUAAGGCUUCAGCGCUCAUCGUCCUUCGCUGGAAGAAAGUCCCAUUAGACCUGGUGCAAUCUGCUUCCAAAUAAGUGUGUUUAGGAUCAGAAUGUUGUUGUUGUUUUAAAAAAACACCCUAUUGUUCUGUUAUAGAAAAAUAUAAAAGAUGUGUUUAAAAAUGUGAUGUUACCAGUUUAACUGUUUGCCUUGUUUUCCUAACAAACGAGAAGCCCCCAGAAAAUGACACAGUAUUUGAAAUUGGAAGAACUUUAGUGCUGCUCACUUACUAACCACAUGAGGCACUAAGAGCUGCUUAUCCCUAACAUUAGACUACCUGGCUUCACCCCUCCAACCUAUAUGCAUUCAGUAAAGUUCUGAAUACCAGGGUUGGUGAGGGGACUGUACACGCUUAGGCUUUUUCAUACACCCGAGAGCCCUGAUCACACUUGGCUCCUGGCAUUGGCAGAGGGGAGGGUUUGGUGUUUGGAACGGCUUCCCAGGCAGAAUGAAACUGCUGUGCCAUCUUCCUGGCAGGUGGAUCAAUGUUGCUUACUGUGAGAGGGGCAAGAUGACAAGGGGUCUGGUGCAGUGCAGACGCACAGGCAGAGCCAAUCUGGUGCUCCUGCUUGCAUGUUUGCACCGUGCCAACCUCCCUUGCCACUUUCCCUCCCAGUAAGCAGCAGUGACCCAUCUGUCACCGGGGAGCUAAUGUAAUGACUCUGCCCCACAAAGCAAGCUGUUUCUGCCUGAUGUACAGAAGUUGACGGGAUGGAGCCAAGCAGCUGUAGGACGAGUGGGAGCAGAGUGGGAUGUUGCCGUGGUGGGCAGUGCCAGGAAGAGAAGUCCUUCGCCACCUCCAUUUAACCCUGCCCAUGAUGUUUCUCUUCCUGAGUUCAAAGCAGGGCUGGGGAACCUUUGGCCUUCCAGAUGUUGUUGAUCUACAGCUCCCAUCACCCAUGACAAUUGGUCUUACCGGUUCUGGAGGAACAAAAGUUCCCUAUCCGGGCUUUAAAGAUGCAUACAAGUUGCUAUGGCUAAGAUUCUUGGAAUUGAUAGUUUUGACAGCAGGGCUUAGCUGCGACAGAUUCUUUAAAGUGCAUAUAAUUAAGCCGCUUCAGUUUAGCUCGUAGUUAGCAUUCACAGCAGCCAAAUAGGAAGAUAACGUUUUGGUUUUGCCUUUGGAUUAAAGCGCAUUUCAAGUGUUCCAUUUAACAUUUGCUUUCUGUUAUUAGCUAUAUCUGCAAUUGCUAGUUUGCUUUGAAAAAAUAAAGCCAAUGAGUUUUAA